UUUGACGAAGUUUAACUGGUAGACCUUCCGUUUGGGACUGGCCACCACCUGCGGCGCCUAUAGCAGUCGAUACAGCUACCUCACACCCACCACCCCCGCUCACGAUGACGACUGUAUCCCCCUUUGCACGGAGCAGCGCCUUCGAGGAACCACUGCUCUCUGGUCGCGGUCAAACGAUCGAGGAGAUGUACAGUGUCCCGGAGAGCUUCCUCGAGAUUGAAGUUAGAAACCCACAAACCCACGGCUUUGGGAGGAAGAUGUACACUGAUUACGAGAUCGUGUGCAAGACAAACAUCCCUGCUUUCAAGCUGCGUCAUUCUCUGGUUCGCCGACGAUAUUCCGACUUUGAAGCCUUCCGCGACAUCCUCGAGCGUGAAUCUAGCCGCGUGAACAUUCCUCCUCUUCCUGGCAAGGUGUUCACCAACCGCUUCUCGGACGAAGUCAUCGAGGCCAGGCGAGAGGGUCUCGAGAGGUUCUUGAGCGUGGUCGCUGGCCACCCAUUGCUUCAGACUGGGAGCAAGGUACUCUGCGCGUUCCUCCAGGAUCCCUCCUGGGACAAGUCUCAGUGGUUGUAAGUUCGUUAACGGGAUGCACGGACUGUCUCGACGGAGCCCGAGAGUGUACUUCCUUCUAUUGUUGUCUUCUUCUUUUAUGACAUGACCAUCCCUUGAGAUUUGUUCUCCGUUUUGAAUUUUAUAAAUGCUAUGCAGUUACCCCGCUUAUGUUCCUACCUAUGUUCAUGUUUAUACUCAUUGUCCCAUAAUGGAUGCUCCUUUAU